AUGCUGAAGUACAUCCUGAUUAUCAACAGGACAGGCCAAGUCAGGCUUUCUCGAUUUUACGACAACGAACUCCAAAAAGACAAGACCAAUCUCUCCAAUGAAAUAUAUCGGAAGUGCAUCACCGCCGCUGAGCAAACUAAUGUCGUUCAUGAAUGUCGCGAUCAUCGAUUUGUGAUGCGUCGAUUUGCGUCGAUCUUUGUAAUAAUUGGCUUUGAUGAGGACGAAAAUGAAUUAGCCUUAUACGAGUUUAUUCAUUUUCUGAUCCAGAUAUAUGAUGUGUUAUUUGACAAUGCUUGUGAAAUUGAUAUUAUUUCCAGGAUUGAUGACGCAUUAUGGGUGAUCGAUACGAUUGUAUGUGACGGGUUGAUCAUGAACACGAACAAAGAUGCUAUUCUUGAAGAGUGCAAUUACAUGAAACAGAAGAAUGUGUAUGCAUUUAAACAACAACUGAUUUAA